AUGCGUAAUUGCAGCGCCAAAAUAAAUUGGAAUGCAGGAUGAAGUGUUGGACCAGCUUCCUGUCACAUGGCCGCUACAGUAGGAUCAUAUGACUUCAGUCGAUGAAAAUGAAAGCUGGGUGCAGCCAGCUUGAACCUGGGGCUCUUAUUUUGGUCUUUAAUUUAUGUUUUUACGCGAGUUACCAGCUGACUGAGCUGCAGGUGUGCAAGCUCUGCAGCGGGCCUGUCCUAAAUGACACCGCGGUGGGCCAGUUUUGCUCCGUAUCCGCUGGACGGGUAGACGGUCGCUGCUGCUUGAGAAAUGACAACACAACCGACCCUGAACAUAUCAUCGGGUUGGAUCUAUCCAACUGUUCACUAACUCACGUUGAGGACCUUAAAGAGGCAUCAACAGCGUUAAUGAUAGACUUCUCAUUUAAUCCCAUUGUCAACAUCAGUGACACAGCAUUUCAAGGAUUUAUUGAGUUAAAUUACAUGAUUUUGCCAGGAGACAUAGUUUGUCCAGGAGGCAACACGUCUUGGUCAAAGGUGGAGGUCAAAAAGGGAAAUCGUCUUUGUGAAGGCCAGAAAAACAUGUGCAACCAAAGUGGACAUCUGUCCGUUAACUGCCCAGAGAACUCCCUCUGCGCCCCCUAUGGUCCCGGCUUCGUUCAGUGCAGCUGCGCUGACAACUACCAUGGAUACAAGUGCCUUCGAGAGGGGGAGUUCCCAGCUCUCCAAGUGUUUGGGCCUCUUGGGGCAUCGACAGUUGCGAUCGCUUUCCUGCUGUGGGUCACCCAGAGACGGAAGGCCAAAUCCCUCUGAGGGUGAACUGCGGUCGUCUCGUUUUUAUCUUUACCUGCAAUGAUCUACUGAGCUGAAACUGACUGUUCUGAAAUGGAAAAUGCUGACACACAGUCUGAGGUGACCCCAGGCUUCUUUUAGACAAAUUAAUUUCAUUUUACACCUUUUAGGGGCAGCUAUGUUUUACUUAAGGGAAUUUCUAAGUCUGAAAUUUGACAUUUUUAUUACUGCAUUAGUGCAAUUUUAGAGAAAGGAUUUUUCCAAUGUUUUAAUAUAUUUUUUUUUUUUGUCAAAAAUUACCACUAUUAACACUUUGAUUAAGUGCAGUUGACUGACACAAGAUAUGAAUCUAGAGGUUGUGUUAAAAAAAAUUCUGAACUUCUGCUCGCUGUCAACUGUGCCAUAUCUGUACUGUGUAAGUUUACACAACGGAACUACAUAUCCUCAGGCAUAUUUGAGGGGAAUUGUCAGAUUUGGUAAACUGUUUACUGCAUGUUGAACAUGUACUUUACUCAGAGAAAAAAAUCCAAGCCAGGUUCACUACAGAAAUCGCCAUGUGAAACAUCAAAAAGCUUAUCUUGCUAUUGAUGGGUGAGUAGUUUCAAUGCUUCUUCCCAAUGAGAUUCAGGGUUCUAAUAAAGAUUUCAAAACAGUA